UCAGUGGUGACGGUGGUGGCCACGGAUGCAGACGACCCGACUUAUGGGAACAGUGCCCGGGUGGUGUACAGCAUCCUGCAAGGACAGCCCUACUUCUCUGUGGAGCCCAAGACCGGCCUGAUCCGCACGGCCCUUGCUGACAUGGACCGUGAGUCCCGGGACCAGUACCUCCUGGUGAUCCAGGCCAAGGACAUGGUAGGCCAGAUGGGGGGGCUGUCCGGGACCACCUCGGUUACCGUGACGCUGAGCGACGUCAACGACAACCCCCCGCACUUUUACCGCAAGAGCUACCAGUACCUGGUCCCGGAGUCCGCCCCGCUGGCAUCGCUGGUGGCCAAGGUGAAGGCCGUGGACUCGGACCUGGGCUCCAACGCAGACGUGGACUACAGCAUCCUGGACGGAGACCCUCUGGGAAUGUUCCGGAUCGUCACGGACCGGGAGACCCAGGAGGGGCUGCUCACGCUGCAGAAGGUUCUGGACUACGAAGCCCGCCCCAGCUACACCCUGACGGUGGAGGUGACCAACCGCUACGUGGAUCCUCGCUUUGUGGCGCUUGGUCCGUUCAGCGACCGUGCCACCGUCCGUCUGCUGGUGAAGAACGUAGACGAGCCCCCCGUGUUCUCCUCCGACCUCGCCAAGAUGGCCGUCUCGGAGGCGGUCGACGUGGGCACCAGUGUGGGCAGGGUGUCGGCUCUGGACCCGGACUCCACCAACAGCCCCGUCAGGUACUCUAUUGACAGGAACACGGACCUGGAGCGGUACUUCCACAUCGACGGGUCCACCGGGGAGCUCAGAACGGCCCGGCUGCUGGACCGAGAGCUGGUCUCUCUGCACAACAUCACUGUGACGGCCUCAGAGAGCCUGGACCCGAGCCAGGUGGGGACGUCUGUGGUUCUGAUCUCCGUCACCGACGUCAACGACAACGCUCCGGCCUUCGCCAUCGACUACCAACCGUUUGUGUGUGAGAACGCCAGGUCCGGCCAGGUGAUCGAGACCAUCAGCGCGGUGGACAGAGACGAGCCUCAGACCGGACACCGCUUCCUGUUCUCCCUGCUGUCCCCGGGGGACGGGGCGACGGCCAACUUCACCCUCCGGGACAACCAGGACAACACCGCCUCCGUGCUGACCCGGCGGGCGGGGUUCCUGCGCCGGGAGCGCCCGCUCCACCUGCUGCCCGUGCUGAUCUCCGAUGCCGGCCCCCCCGCCCUCAGCAGCACCGGCACCCUCUCGGUCCGGGUGUGUGCGUGCGACGCGGACGGGGGGCGUUCGCUCUGCGGCGAGGAGUCGUCCCUCCUGCGGGCGGCGGGACUCAGCCCUGCGGCCCUGCUCUCCAUCCUGGCCUGCCUCCUCCUGCUGCUGGGUCUGGUCCUGCUGGUCGCCACCGCCAGGCGCAGGAGGAGGAACCCCUUCACCCUGGACGACGACCGCGACGUCCGGGAGAACAUCGUCCGCUACGACGACGAGGGCGGCGGCGAGGAGGACACAGAGGCCUUCGACAUGGCGGCGCUCCGACACCUCAACGCCACGCGGGACGGCGAGGGCGCCGGCACCCGCCGCUACGACAACGCCCCGGAGCUCUUGGCGGCGCGCUACAGAGAGCCGCAACACAACGCGACCGUGGCGAUGGCGCCGCCGCCACCGACGCAAGUCCAGCCUCAGCCGCCGCCGCCGGCACCGGACAACACGGUGUUCCGCGAGUUCAUCCUGAGCCGGCUGCUGGAGGCGGACCUGGACUCGGCGGCGCCCCCGUACGACUCGCUGCAGACCUACGCCUUCGAGGGCAGCGGAUCAGCGGCCGAGUCCCUCAGCUCCCUGGAGUCCCCGAGCUCCGAGUCGGAGCACGCCUACGACUUCCUGACGGAGUGGGGGGCGGACUUCGGGAAACUGGCGGACCUCUACGGACACAGCGACGGGCGUAGCAGUAAGACUGACCUCCGGUCGCCCAGGCUAGUGGUGGGGGAACCAGGGGGGGCGGAGCCAACCGUCCCACUGAGACGGUAGACGGAGGGACACCGGGGGAGGGGGGGAAACCUCCGUUGGGAGAGUGUUGGGGUUGUCAGAAGAACACCAUACGUAAGUUUACUUCACUGAGAGAGGAAGACUAAAUUCCGUCUGUCAGAACGCGUUGGAAGGGAGAAGGAGGGAAUUGACACGGAGGUCAACUGAUUUCUGUGGGUUUCUGUUCCAUGUAAAAAACUGUUUAUAAUCGGACCCACAACUAAGACACUUGCACUGGGAAAAUCGAUAAAUCUCUGGAAAUUUAACUAAAAAUAAACCUUGAUUGUACAUUCAUCAUUCCAGAUGUAUUUUGACAUUAUUCUAAUGAAACAAAUGUAGGCAAAGUUAUACAAACUGUUUGGUAUAUUAGUCUGUGGUCUUUAAUUCCUAACUUGAAAAUGUUCCUCUACCUCAAAAUUCCCCCAAUUUCUUGUAUAUUAGCACUGGCCAUAUUUACACUCCAUCUAUUUUCCAUAUGCCAUGCUGUGACAUCCGUUUUCAAAAUCAUCAUGUGUACAAAGUCGCCCCAGAACGUUAACAAUCGAAUUAGCAUUUCCAGCUAGCUUUACCGGCUUUGGCAUAGUUACAUGAUCGUAUCGACAAAGGACAUUUUUGUUGGAUUGCUUGUUGGUGUGAUAUUUUAAUGUCAGUUACAAACUGUUGUUCAUAUCUUUAUGUUUGUUCGUUUUUUUGUAUUGUAAAGGAAACAUCAAAGCU